UUAACAUACUAUUCUACUUUAUUAACAUCAUUUUAAGAAGCUGUUAAAGAAAAUUGCUUUUUCGGUUUCCUUUCUUAGGUUUCCUAUAGGAAACUCGAUUGUCGAAUGGAAUUAACGAGUAACCAAGAAUCCGCUAACAUAAAAGUUUUCCGUUAUACCAUCAAGAAUAGCACUUUGCUACAACGUAUGACGUCAAUUGCAUCACAUCACUAGUUAUCAACGAACGAAAGGUCGGACGGGUCAGGAGGAAUCUAAUUUACGCGGCAUAUUCCAUUUAUUUUAAUAUUAAUAUAAAACAUAUAUAAAAUGUUUUCCCGUACCCUGAAACCCGUUGCCAGUGUAGCGGUCCAGAAUGGCGCUAAAUUCUCCACCACAUCACAGAAAAACUUCAAAGUGGUGGUGGCGGGUGCUGCCGGUGGUAUCGGUCAACCACUGGCUUUGCUGCUGAAGCAGAAUCCUCUGGUGACAAGACUGGCGCUAUACGACAUCGCGCCGGUGACCCCUGGAGUCGCCGUCGACCUUUCUCACAUGGACACACCAGCCCAGGUCUCCGGGCACAAGGGUCCUGAAGAGCUAGCUGCAGCUGUUGAGUGUGCCGACCUAGUAGUAAUUCCUGCUGGAGUUCCCCGCAAGCCGGGCAUGACCAGAGAUGAUUUGUUCAACACAAAUGCAUCCAUCGUCCGGGAUAUUGCCGACUGUGUUGCCAAGAAUGCACCCAAAGCUAUCAUGGCUAUCAUCACCAACCCUGUCAACUCUAUGGUGCCUAUCGCUUCAGAGGUACUCAAGAAGGCCGGAGUAUACGAUCCCGCUAAGGUGUUGGGUGUAACCACACUAGAUGUGGUCCGCGCAGCCGCCUUUAUCGGAGAGAUCAACGGUGUGGACCCCACCACAGUGAAGAUCCCAGUCAUUGGCGGCCACUCCGGUGUGACCAUCAUUCCACUGCUCAGCCAGAGCUGUCCCGCUGUCAAACUGUCUGACCAGAGCAAGAUUGAGGCUCUCACUAAGAGGAUCCAGGAAGCUGGUACUGAGGUGGUGAAGGCGAAGGCCGGCGGGGGCUCCGCCACGCUGUCGAUGGCGUACGCGGGCGCGCGCCUCGCCUGCGCCGUGCUGCGGGGACUCAAGGGUGAAUCAGAUGUAGUGGAAUGUGCAUAUGUGAAGUCAGAUUUGACAGAAGCUGCUUACUUUGCCAACCCCGUGCAGCUUGGACCCAACGGAGUCGAGAAGAACCUGGGCUACGGAGACCUGAAUGAAUAUGAGCAGGAGCUCCUCAAGGAGGCCAUACCCGAACUCCUCAAGAACAUCAAGACCGGUGAAGACUUCGCCAAAAAGUAGAAUAUUAAACCAGGAAUGAGAUCGGACAGAAAAUAGAAUUAGAACUGUACUGAAAUUCGCGUUAAAAUGUACUUCUAAUACAAAGAAAACAUGGUAUAUAUCAGUUUUUGAAUUUAUGUUAAAAAUAUAUUUUAACAAUAAAUACGACUUUAACAUAUCUGUUAAUUCUCGAUGUUAAUUCAUAUUUCCUGGUUAAAGAUAGUAGCAAAUAUAUGUUUAUUUUAGUAAAAUCUAUCUACUUUCACUAUUUAUUGAAUUAUUCUUUUUAUCUGAACAAUAUCGAAUGUUUAAAUAUAACCGAUUAUAUUUGCAUUUUGCUUUUGUUAGUUGAAACUUGUCUGUGUGGAGAAUGUUUUGUAAAUAAAUUGUUGGCCCCCGAUGUUAUGUUGGUAAUAAAAUUACUACAAUAAA